AGUUGAUUUGUGAAAUUUUAUAACAAUGUCUGAAAUGAAAUUUAGGUGGUAUAAUGAUCAAGAUUAUAAGCAUUUGGAGUACUCUUUGACAUGCAGUAGUGAAGAGAUACGACUCGAUACAUUAAAACUGAUUGCAAUAUCAAAAAAAAGUACUUUAACUUUUACAGAACAAGAACUCAAUUUAAUAACUACAUUUUUAAAAUACAAUCUCAGAGAAAAAAUUGAAUUUGUUCCUUUAAUAAAAAAAAUUUUAAAAAGACUUAAUGAUAGUUAUGCUGUUUUAAAGCGACAAUUAGAUAAAGAAAAUAAACUGAAGGAGUUAAAAAAUCUUCAUCCUGAAUUUUCUAAUUCCCUUGAGGAUUCAUUUGAUGUUCAAGCUUAUAUGAAGUCUUAUCAAAUAUUUAUAAUUUUUGUACAUGAAAUUUGUUUGAAUAGUUUAUAUCCUGGUGCUAUAAAUGUUCAUAAAAAAUCUAGUCUACAAAUACUUUGUCUGAUUGAUGAAUUUUUAAGCAAGGACUUACAAAGUUUUUUGUGGGACCUCCAUCAGUUUAAGAAAUUACUUGAUUGUCUUCUUUUAGAUACUUACGAAGUAAACAAAGAUAUGGCAUUCAGACUGAUUAAGUCAUGUAAGCUUACAGAAUCGUUUUUUGAUACUAAAAUAAAGGUUUUAGAACUUAUUAAUGUUGCUAUACAAAUGGGUAAUAGUGUUAGACCUCUUGACAGUGUUACUGCUGCAUAUAUGUUUAAAAUUAGUAUGCUAUCAUCAAACAUACAAGAAAUUUUGCUCGAGUUAAUCAAAUUUAAGAAAAAAAAUUGUAUAGAAGAAGAAAAUGUUUUUUACAUGAUUAUGUUGUUAAAAUUAUGUCUUGAAACUCCUGUAAAAUUGGCUGUAGAAAAUAUUGUAAUUGCUGUAAGUAAACAUUCUCUAUAUGGAUAUAUUUUUUGUAUUCAUAGUAUAUUAUCGACUGUUAAUUUAAGAAAUAUUAUAAAUGAUGAAAAUUGGAAAACUCUUUUAUCAGAUCUAGUAAACAUUUGCUUUAAAUUAAAUACUGCAGUAUCUCAGAUUGUAAAUAAUUCAUCUCCAGAAGGACAUCUACCAAUGGAUUUGAAUUCUCAUAAUUUAGAUAAUAUUUCCAAGAAUAUGGAAUCAAUUAUAAUCACAUCACAAAUGAUUUUACUUUGUUCUUGGAGAACUGUCAAAGAAAUUAGUUUAUUAUUUGGUUACUUAACAACGCACGUUUCAAUAUAUGAUGACACAAAAAAAACUGGUUUAUUAAAUGAAAAUCAGAUUAAAGAAAUUGGAAAUCAACUUGUUUCUUUAUUGUGUGAAACGAAACAUAGAGGAGCAUUUGAACAAGCUUAUGUUGGCUUUGGACAGUUAUGUAGACGAUUAUGGCAUUUGAAUGAGACACAGAUAUUUCUUAAACAGCUACCGAUCAUAUGGUUGCAGCAAUUACUAAUUUCUAUUGUUCAUUUAGUACCUGAAAAUUCAAAAUUAUGUGCAACUAGACGAAGUGCUGGUGUACCAUUUAUGAUGCAGGCAAUAGUAACUUCAGAAAUUAAAAAAUGUAAUGAUAAAAAGAUAUUAACUUUUCAUUCCAUAAUAAGAAUUUUGUUUAAAUUGGUCACUGUAGAAGAUAAUUAUAAUUUAAACGAUGUGGAAAAUUUAUUAUUUCAAGAAAGUCUAUUUACUCAAUACAAAAAAUUAAUUAUCAUUCAUAAAGCUAAUGGAAUAGAAACAAAAUGUACAGAAUUAAAUAAAGUGACAGAAAUUAAAACACAUGCUUUGAAUAUUUUGAGGGCAUUGUUUAGACAUUGUUUAUUAGGAGACUUAGUCAAAGAUUAUAUAGCCGAAGGUUUCAUAACUGCUUUUAAAAGUUAUGACGGAAAAUCAUGGGCUGAAAGAAAUGCCGCAACAUUAUUGUUUAGUUCUCUUGUCAUUAGAGUUUUUGGAGCUCAGAGAACCAAGGAUCAUAUAAAUUUAACAUUACAUAAUAAAAUGACGGGAAAAAUUUUUUUUGACAGAUAUCCUAUUUUGUUACCAUUUUUAUUAAAUGAAUUGACAAUAUUUAUAAAUCAAACUGAAAAUUAUAUUACACCGAAAAUUCAAUCCAUACUUUUAAUAUUGUCUCGUUUGUAUCCAAGUGUCAGCUCUGAUAUUACAGAUGAAGACUGGCAGAUUGACAAAUUCAUUGAUUUAGUAUCAAAAUGUGGAAAAAGUAUUGUUUACAAAACUCGAGAAUUAGCAGCCAGAGCUUUGGUGCCACUAUUAACCGAAAAAAAUAUAUUAUCUAUUUUGUGCAAUCUUUUAAAUGUAAUGAUUACUAAAGAAUUGUCUCUCAAUUUAUUACAUGGUUAUGCCCUUCAAUUACUUGAACUUGUAAGGAGUCAACAAUUUUCUAAAGUUGAAUUGGCAAGUGAAAAACUUAAAAACUUUUUAAAUUUAUUAAAUUCAAAAAUAUUACGAAAUUUAGAAAAUUCCAACUGCUAUCCUGCUUGUUUUCCUGUAUCUACAAUUGUACUUGAAAUUUUAAUAGAAUUAUCAAAACUUGAACAGUACAGUUGGAUUUAUAAGGAAACAAUAUUUUUAAAUAUACUUGAAAAGAUUCAAUUACAUUUGACAAAUAGGAAAAUACUGAUAAAAAAUCCUGGUAUUGAGUUGUAUGAAAUUACUGCAGUAAAUUUACUUAUUACUUCAUUGGAUAAUGACAACUAUACUGGCCCAUUAAUAAAUAAUCAAAGUUCUGCCUCUAAAUUUUGGAUACUUUUAUUACAUCAUAAUAAUACUGAAAUGUUAUCAGUUAUUUGGUCAAAAUUAAUUUAUAUAGUACAAAAAACAAACAGUCCAAUGUUGUAUAACUUAGGAUUUAUGACAUCUGUUAAAACACUGCAAGCACCUAUCACCCAUUCUGAUGUACAAGAUGAAGUCUUUGAAUUUAUGUAUAAAGCGAUUAUAGAUAUGGAAAAAGAUGUUCAAUACACUCAUAGUACUUUUACAACAGAAAUGGAAAAAUUUUUAAUGUGCAUUAAAAUUUUUAAGAAACUGAGUUUCCAACUUAAAAUGAAAACAUUUUAUCCGAGAGGCACAUUUUUCAAAUUAUUUGGAAAGACGUUUGGAAUUAUUUUAAAAAAAUAUAAUGAUUUUAAAUUAGAUUUUAAAAUUUUGAAAGAAUUUAAAAUCAUUAUUUAUGAUACUUUUUUAAAUUAUUCUGAUAUGGAAUCAAAUAUUGAUUGUAGAAUCGGUAUAUCUGAAGUAUUAUUUGAUCUCUAUAUUAAUCCAAUGAAAAAUCAUGAUAUUUAUUUCAUUUUGAAUUGGUGGACAAUACUCUUACAAUUAAUAUAUGACGAUAAUAUUCAAAUCAGAUCAAAUGCAGCGAAAAUUGUAGAUAAAUUGUUACCAGGAAGUAAAUUAGGCUGUGAAGCAAUUAUAAUAGAGGUAUUUUUUCAAAAGUUUGUAUUAACAUUUGGAGAAAAUAUUGAAGCUAUUGUGGCUGCAUUUUUUUGUUGGUGUAUGUCAACAUCAGCAGUUCUUAUUGAAGAAAUGGAUGAAACCGAUGUUUUUAAUAAAAGUUGUAAUUAUGAGUGUUUUGAUCCAUUACUAAUUAAAGAUAUGUGCAUUUUUCAUUUAAAGCAGAUUAUUUCUAAAUAUAAUUUAGCUUCAAGAACAUUAUCCAAUUCAAUAAAGGAAUGGAUACAAAAACAGCUUAAAUUAGAUAAUACUUAUGAGUUUCAAAAUUUAAUCGAAUUAAUAGUCAAAUAUCAAAAUAUGAUUCCUAAUACUGAAAAACCAUUAAAAAGGCUAUUGGAUCCAACAUAUCCAGCUAAAUUAAUAAAAGAAAUUUCAUACUUGGAUAUUAAACAAAUAAUAAUAAGUAAAAAUGUUUUGACUAUUCUUGGGAAGAUUUUUGAGUCAUAA